GCGUGUACGCGCCCGCCUGGUUGCGGUCGGCGGGAUGUGCCCGCGUACCUGUUGCAAGGCGGCGCGUCCUGUUCCGCGCAAGGCUGGGAGGUGCCGCAGGUCCCCGUCGCUGCACGGGCGAGGCGGCGAGGGGCUGGGCGCGCGUCCGUGGCGUGUGUGUGCAGGGUGUGCCCUUCUCCUUCCUCGACGUCUCUCGCCUCGCCUCUCGGGAGGGCGGGAAGCCCUCCCUCAGGGCCCGACGGGAGGCGCCGCGCGGGCUGCCUGCGCCGCGGUGACCAUGAGGGCGCUUCUCCCUCCUGAAGCGCCGCGGCAAAUGUCCCGGAGGCGCAGUCCCGUCACCGCCGCCGUUCGCGCUCUGGGGGCGCGGCCCUUCUCGCCUGCUCCGCCGCGCUCCUGCCGCUGCCGCUGCCGCCGUUCUCCUCUCCCGGCUGCUGGGUCGCCUUCCUGUCCUCUGCCUGCCCGAGAGAAGCGACGCGCUCUCGUUGCAAAGAGCUAUAGCUGGAGCACCAAGGUGAUGUGAGGUGACCUGGUGAUCAAGAUGACUCUUUUACCAGGGGAAAACUCAGACUAUGAUUACAGUGCCUUGAGCUGUGCUUCAGAUGCCUCCUUCCACCAUCCUUUCUUUGCUGAAACAGAAACUCUGAAAGGAGUCUUUUACCAAAGAGCAAAAUUCAUCCACCCUCAAGAAGAACUCUAUGAAUUUGUUCACCCAGAAGACCGGAAGCAUCACAUAAUUAUCAAUGUUGGGGGCUUUAAAUAUUUGCUCCCUUGGACCACUCUGGAUGAGUUUCCCAUGACCCGCUUGGGACAGCUAAAAUUUUGCAACAACUUUGAUGACAUCCUCAACAUUUGUGAUGAUUAUGACGUGACCUGCAAUGAGUUCUUCUUUGACCGUAACCCAGGGGCGUUUAGGACCAUCUUGACUUUCCUGCGGGCAGGGAAGCUUCGGCUGUUGAGAGAGAUGUGCACUCUUUCAUUUCAAGAGGAGCUGCUUUACUGGGGCAUCGAGGAAGACAACCUGGAAUGGUGCUGCAAGAGGCGUUACCUGCAGAAAAUGGAGGAAUUUGCAGAACUGAAUGAAACAGAGGAUGAAUUUAUAGAUAGUGAAAACCAAUGUGAUGCCAUAGCAGAGACCAAAUCUGGCCUAUGCAUGAAAAAAUUACACGACAUGGUGGAAAGACCUCAAUCUGGAAUUCCUGGGAAAGUGUUUGCCUGUUUAUCAGUGCUGUUUGUGACUAUCACUGCAGUCAACCUUUCAAUCAGCACUAUGCCUAGCUUAAGAGAAGAAGAGGAAAAAGGCGAAUGUUCUCAGAUGUGCUACAACAUUUUCAUCGUUGAAUCGGUCUGUGUCGGAUGGUUUUCUUUGGAGUUUCUUUUGAGGUUCAUCCAGGCACCAAGCAAAUUUGUGUUUCUGAGGAAUCCGUUGACCUUGAUCGAUAUUGUUGCCAUCCUGCCCUAUUACAUCACUUUACUUCUCGACAGUGCUUCUGUGGGUAGUAAUAAAAAGCCAAGCUCUGGCAACAUUUACCUGGACAAGGUUGGCCUGGUGCUCCGCAUACUCCGGGCCUUGAGGAUUCUGUAUGUCAUGCGGCUUGCUAGGCACUCCCUUGGUCUGCAGACUUUGGGGCUCACGGCACGCAGGUGCACCCGUGAGUUUGGCCUCUUGCUACUGUUCCUUUGUGUAGCCAUUGCACUGUUCGCACCCCUCUUGUACGUGAUUGAAAACGAGAUGGCAGACUCUCAGGAGUUCACCAGCAUCCCUGCUUCCUAUUGGUGGGCAGUGAUCACCAUGACAACAGUAGGCUACGGCGAUAUGGUACCCAGAAGCAUCCCAGGCCAGGUGGUAGCCCUGAGCAGCAUCCUGAGUGGCAUCCUUCUUAUGGCCUUUCCUGUCACGUCCAUCUUCCACACGUUUUCCCGCUCCUACAUUGAGCUGAAACAAGAGCAGGAAAGAAUUAUGUACAGGAGGGCACAGUACUUAAUGAAAACAAAGUCACAGCUAAGUAACAUGUCACAGGGGAGCGACAUAUUUCCAAGUAUGUCUUCAGAGACCAGAGACCGUGACUGAAACAGAACUUUCCAUGCCCAUUGCUGAGCAAACAAUAAGAGAUUUCAUCUUGGCAGUUGCUUCUAGAGGUGUUUGGGAGAUGCGUUGUGCAAAUAAUAUGCAAAGGGCUUUUAGCCAUUAUGCUAAUGGGGGCUUAUUCGUCGUUAUGCAUAUUAGCAUUAUUAUUGAGGGAGGGAGGUCUGCUGGUUCUCAGUCGACUGCAGUCUAGAUGCAAGAUCCUAAAAUGAUUUUUUUAAAAGCCAAGCAUCAUUAACCAAAAGGAAAAGAACUGUGUAAAAAUGUCAUACUGGGCACAGCUGUCGCCAUUUGUAACAAAGAGGCAAGCCAUUUUCCAAGAAAACAACUGUGAAUGUCAGUGUUUUGAUCAUUCAGUUACUUGACCUUUUUGUUGGUUAUUUGUACCUGUACUUGUGGUCCAUAAACCAUCUCAGAGAUCCAUAUUAAUCCUUGGGUGUAUAACUCUAUUGUCUCUAUACUAAAGUUAUCUCCAUUGCAUUUGCAGAAUAAUGCAUUCAUUUAUUUCAUUGGCAUUUUUUUAGUUCCAGAGUGCAAAAGGUCAUCUUGUCCAUCUCUUUCCCAUCUGAUGCUCACCUUGAAAUACAAAACAUUCCAAAGCAGAUCACUGAUUGUUCUAGUUAGUUAGUUAUUCAUUCAUUCACCAGUGGUGAGCAGCAGUUCCCACUUAGGUGACCGGCUGAGCUAGGGGAAUUUUACCUCUUCCCCCGCCCCAAAGUACCAUAAGCAUCUAGAUUAUGGGCUAUGCUGGCUGGGCAGUUCUGAGAGUUGCUUUUCAGAAAGGUAACUUUUCAAGCCUUUGUGACAGAAUACAGUUCCAGUCCCAUUGGA